AGGAACCCGCAUCUCCUUCUGUAGUAGUUUACACACGUGCUUGAUACAUUAGCGGUGUGUUGAUAUUUGCUCAGAAUUUAGUGCUUGAAAUUUCAGGUAACAGCUGACAAAAUGCCGAAAGUUAAAGCCGAGAAAAAAUCCCGACAGCACCAGGAAGUAAAGAGUCAAGGUAUUAUGUUCAAUACUGGCAUUGGUCAGCAUAUUUUGAAGAACCCUUUAGUUGUCAAUGGCAUCAUAGAGAAGGCUGCACUACGACCAACAGAUGUGGUUUUGGAAGUUGGUCCUGGAACUGGUAACAUGACUGUUAAACUUCUAGAGAAAGCCAAGAAAGUAGUUGCUUGUGAAUUGGACACCAGGCUUGUUGCAGAGCUUCAAAAAAGAGUACAGUGCACUCCGAUGCAGCACAAGCUUCAGAUCCUCAUAGGGGAUGUGCUCAAGACAGAGCUCCCAUUUUUUGACGUCUGCGUGGCUAACUUGCCUUAUCAGAUAUCGUCCCCUUUUGUGUUCAAGUUGUUACUUCACAGGCCAUUUUUUAGGUGUGCUGUGCUGAUGUUUCAGCGGGAGUUCGCCAUGCGUUUGGUUGCUAAACCUGGUGACAAACUCUACUGCAGACUUUCCAUUAACACACAACUUUUGGCCCGGGUGGAUCAUCUCAUGAAGGUGGGCAAGAACAAUUUCAGACCACCUCCAAAAGUAGAGUCCAGCGUGGUGAGGAUCGAGCCGAAAAACCCUCCACCCCCAAUAAACUUUCAGGAAUGGGACGGUCUUGUCAGAAUUGCAUUUGUUAGAAAGAACAAAACACUCAGUGCUGCCUUCAAGUCCACUGCUGUUGAGCAACUUUUGGAAAAGAACUACAGAAUCCACUGCUCAGUGCACAACAUAGAAGUGGCAAAGGACUUCAACAUUGCACAGAAAAUUGACAGCGUUCUCCAAGAGUCCAAGUUCAGUGAAAAGAGGGCACGUUCUAUGGAUAUAGAUGAUUUCAUGCUGCUUCUUCACGCUUUCAACUCUGCCGGGAUACACUUCUCCUAAAAGAGCCACUGAGUUGACAGGAAGUGAUGUCACGGUCUUCUCAUAUCCUGAUCAAUGUUUUCAGAAUUGAAUGAGUUUUUCAAUGGCUAGAUAAUGGGACACUUAAUAACAAAGGCUUUGAAUGUUUUAUGUGCCUUUCCCGAAUGGGAAAAUGUUUGGAGACUGAUGAUGACUGCCAAGUGGAGUUCAUGGCAGGGUCUGAAGAGGACAUUGAUUUUUAAAGGGAUGUUAUGACCUUUUAUUUAUUCGCUCUCUGGUUGUGAGUGCACUUGAGUUUGUAGUAGCCAAAAAUAGAAAUCUUCCACUUCAUUUAUCUCAGCACAACGUUGACGCCAGGCUCCUGCCAACUGUGUGCAACUCAGUACUGGACUGACCAAGUGUGAAAGAAACCUUAUAUAUAGAUAUAACCAGCAUAACUACAGUUAAUGUAACUGUAUUUUGAUAUGUAAAUAUAAAAUGACAAUUAAUAAUUAUGAAAUGUGUGUAUGUGACUGACCUAUUGGAUUAAAGUGCAGUGGCGGCUCAUGAGUGCUCAUCCGAGGGGCUCAAAUUCAAAAUACGUGUUUGGAGUGUCAUGUGUGUUGCUUGUGUUUUCAAAAUAUGUGUUUGUUGCAUCAUGUGAACCAUGUGCAUCACAUGUUUUGUCAAAAUAAGUGCCUGCUGCACACGCGUGAAAACUUUUUAUGAUAAAAGAGACGAUCACGUUCACAAAAUACACGCAAGACACUCCCUUAACAGUAAACGCUGAUUAUGCGAGUAUCUGGCAAACGCGAGCUUCUCUUUUAUCAUUAACCCUUUAGACGCGUCUGCAGCAGGCACUUAUUUUGAGAAGACACGUGAUGCACAUAGGAUCACUUGAUGCCCCAAACACAUUUUGAAAUUACGAACCACACACAUUAUGGGAUACAUACUUGUUGUGACGAACUACACAUCGUGUGCCCUCGACAAAAGAAGUCACCGGCCACCACUGUUAAAAUGUGUUUAAAAAUCAGUCUGGUUCUGAAUUUAGGUUUAGAUAAAUAAGCAAGUAAAUCUGCAUGAUUCUGUGCACCCAUCAACUGUUUAGAACCAGAUGACUAGAUUAUUUAAUUCAAACUAAAAACUCAAAACAGGUGAAACAUUGUCAUUUAAUCUUAGCCUUUUGCUUUUUCAGUGUGCAAGUCUGAUCUGAUCAUCCGGUAGUUUUAUUCACAUAAAAUAAUAUUAAACCAA